GGAAGAACUGCCAGUUGAUGGAUUUCUGCCCAGCCAACCCUUGUGCCAACGGAGGGACGUGCGUCAUCACUUACCCUUUCAUCGUCUGCCAGUGCUGGCCAGGCUUCGAAGGGCACACCUGCCAACACGACAUCAACGAAUGCUUUGCGUCCCCCAGCCCCUGCCUCAACGGGGGCAGCUGUAUCAACAGCAUCGGCUCCUUCCGCUGUUUGUGCCCAUCCAACUUCUCUGGUCCUCUCUGCCAGUACCGACGGGGGCCUUGUUCCUCGGAGAUCUGCCUCCACGGGGGCACCUGCCAUCGUGUCAAUGGAGGAUACCAUGGCUGCCUCUGUCUGCCAGGUUACACUGGUCAGUACUGUGAGGUGAAUCCAGAUGACUGCGCAGGGCAUCAGUGCCUCAACGGAGGCACCUGUCAGGAUGGUAUCAGGUCAUACACCUGCCAUUGCAUCCAAGGCUGGACAGGGCUUCUUUGCCACUUGCCUGAUGCCUGCCUCAGCAAUCCGUGCCAUCCUGAUGCCCACUGUGACACAGACCUCCAAACUGGCCAUGCCAUCUGCACAUGCCAGCUGGGUUAUGCUGGAGCUCUGUGCUAUGAAGAUAUUGACGAGUGCCAGAUGGGUAAGAUGGGUUGGAGGAAUAAGGGUCAACAUAAGACAUAA